AUGGUCUCAACGACCUACAAGUUGAAGGAAUCUCCAUUCAACAUCAUAGUGAUACCCUUUGAUGGAGUGAUUUCCUUAAAAAAAUUGACUGCUAUUACCCUGAGCUUUUCAACAGUCUUGUUCAAAUGUGAAUGGGCUAAUACAACUAACCCAGGAGGCACGAAGAAAGAUAAGUUGAGUUUUACUUCUAUUAACUUUGCACGAUUAAUACAUACUGGAGAACAUGAAGACGACCAACCACACAUUAAAGCUUCUAAAGCUCAAACGGUCUAUUGUGCCGACGAUGAGAAGGAACAAGUUUUGAUGAAAUUUGUUGUCAAUGAUGAAGAUCAUAAGAAAUAUAUUCUUGCAAGCUUGGGAAAGUGGAGGGACAACCUGACCCUAUUUAAUAUAUAUUAUUCUUUGUCUCUUAGUGUUGACAAAGAUCAUUGGGCUAUGUUUUUAGAAUGUAGACUGCAUCCUGACACUAUGGCGAAAGCAAAUAAAAAUAUUGAGAACCGCCAAAAGCAAUGUAUUCCCCAUACUUUAGGUUCUAAGACACUGGCAAGAAAGACAAAUGAGAUGGAAGAGUUACAAAAAGAAAUUUUUGCAUCUUCUGAGUCAGAAGCCUUCGUGAAAGUCUUUAGGGAAGAGCAUCCUGGGUAUGUUCGAGGAAUGGGACUUGGUGUAACACCAUCUCAAAUCCUUGGAAGUGGUUCUCAUUCAGCAACUUAUUCAUCAGAUGUUAAUGUAAAAAUAGCUAAGAUGCAAAGUGAAAUUGAUUUACUAACUACACAAGUUGCUGAAGUUGAUCGCUAA